CAAAAAGGACACGGAAUAACAAACCGAACAGGAAGCGAACAUAUCGUUAGCGUUUGUAUUUCAAAACAUUUGUGUCAUUGCGGCCUUGUACAACAUAUUUAUUCAGCUACCAAACCGUCUUCCAACCGUCACACACAACUCCUGAUGUUAUCCUCGCGACCAAUCGUUGCUAACGACGCUGCGACGUCAUAGCGUUUGGCUCAGUUACACAAGCAGCACUCGUUAUCCAGGGAGUGCCGGGGGGGAGUGUUUCUGACUGCUUUGAUAAGGUGGGCCUGCCCACUCGACAAACAAUAUCACAGAACGACAGUGUGCUUAAAGAUUUGGCUCCAAGUUUGUAGAUUUAGACCUUGAUACAACAGGCUGCUGCGCGGAGGAGCUGACCGCCGAGUGAGAGAAAAUGUGGCUGCCAAUGGCUGGGUUCACCGUCCUGCCGCACCUGGGAGGGCUCUAUGGUGGUUAUAUCACACGCAAAGAGGUAAAUACCUGGUACACAACCCUGAACAAACCAUCGUGGCGCCCACCAAACAGAGUUCCUGUAGUGUGGACGUGUCUGUACACAGGCAUGGGGUACGGUUCCUACCUGGUGUGGAAAGAGCUUGGAGGUUUCACUGAUAACGCACUAGUUCCACUGGGGCUUUAUGGGACCCAGCUAGCUCUGAACUGGGCCUGGACUCCUAUUUUCUUUGGCGCACACAAACUGAAAUGGGCGCUGAUUGAGCUUGUGCUUCUCACGGGAACUGUCGGAGCCACCAUGGUGUCGUGGUAUCCCAUCAGCCGCACUGCCACACUGCUCUUGGCGCCUUAUCUGGCCUGGCUGUGUCUUGCAACCAGCCUUAACUACUGCAUAUGGAGAGACAACCCUGAGAAAGAAGAGUAGGGCUCACGUCUGUGUGCUUUGAAGAAGUUCCUUAUAUUCUGAAUCACUACACAAAGAUAUAUAUUUAAAAAAAAAAAGAAAAAAAAGCUCAGUUUCACUUUUCAGCUUUUGACUUUAUUAUCCAACUGAUAUCAGAGUGCUGAUAUAACUAUGUUGGCUUGUCACACGCAUACUAACACUUGCAUAUAUGUUGCCAAAAUAAAGAUGCCAUUCAUAAAUGGUGAUGACCGCUUUAGCAUCUGAAUCUACACCUGAACUGCCGUUAUUUCAGCUGCAGCAUUUAACUGUAUGACAGCCUGCUUCUAAUAAUUUUCAUUGUUCCUUGCAAAAAAAGAAGUUCCAGUAUAUUUUCAGAAAUGUCAUUGCUAAUAAGCAAAACUGCAACAUGGAUCAGAAUGUGAAUGAAUUUAGUGAAAAUUGUGGAUUUUUUUAGGGUUACAAUGUAAGAUUUGCCUUUUUUUUGAAGAACAAAUGAUGCUCAAAGUGUGAAUUUAUAAUAAAGUCAUGUAUAAAUUA